AUGUCGGAGUCGGAGCCGGAGUCUGCACCUCGAAGGCCCGGCAUCUUGCACGGCACCAACGCGCCACUGAGCAGCGCCUUCAGAGCAGAGCUAUACCAGGCUAUCGAGGCCCUUUACGCAGUCGGUGGUGGGCCCAACACGUCCCUCGCGAUCAAGUCAGAGACAGAAAGCUAUCCGACUACGACAGAACAGCACUCCGGCUCCAAUCAUGCAAUAGAUGCUGCAUACAGUCGGCUCACUGAAAUUUUGACGCACUGGGACUCUAGAAUUCGGGAUCGAUCCCUAUCACUUCAACAUGCUAUCUACCACUUCCACGCCCCGAAAAAUCCCAUGGAAUUCGAGAGUUGGGUCAUGGGGCAGAACAUGUCUGCUGCCGACUCUACCCUCAUCACUCGUCUCAUCGACUUAUGCCCUUGGCUAGGCUUCGAGGUUCUUCCAGUGGUUAUGAAGUAUACAGGAAAACAUUGCCAGUACCACGCCUGGUUUUCCUCUCAGAGAGACGGCAAUGCCGGGUCGCAACCUCCUGAGCAGAAUGGCUUCUGGCAGGUCAACCAGCAUGUCAGGCACUUACCCAGCAUUGGGUAUUUUGGCAGCUUUGAUGAUUUCACGCUUGCCGAAAACAUCGAUUGCCAUGCGGGCAAUGUUCUAGAUGACAGGAACAUUCUCUGGGAAAGGGCUCGUCGGUCAAUCUUCUCAUGGCAAUGGCCCAGUGAAGAGCGGGCUUUUCACGAGGAACGAAGAUAUCGAGAGGCAAAUCCCCAGUGGUACCAGAACAUUGUCCCAGGUACUAGUAGGGACCUGGGACAUUACUUCACACCAGCAAUCAUCAUUACACCUCUCCAAACACAACUAGAAUUUGUCAACAUGACCAAUCAAACUCAGCUUGCUGGUAACCUCUGGCGCUAUCUCUUGCGGCAAUGCAAAGAAUCUUCAGAGUCGGCGUUCUACUUUGAAGCACUCAGGUCUCUUUGUCGAUUCAUUUGGCCUCAAUACGGCAAUGAGUUGCCAGAGACACAGAUCCUUGGCCUGCGAGUCAGGAGCCGUGAAGAUCUUAUUGGAAAGAUCGAUCCCGCUCUCAUGGGUGAUCUGAUCUUGACUUCACUGGCGUUCAACGACUAUCAACUUUUCCAAACCCUUGUUGCCAACAUCCAAUCUAAGCCUAUAGUAGACUAUGAUUGGAUAUGCCAGAAUGCAAUCUUCCACGGCUACUCGGCAGCUGAUGCUCUUUUUGAGCUUCGCCAUUUCCUCUCCAGGGGCAACUGCUUCUUGCAAGUUGCGAGCAUAGUCGAGAAGCUGCCUGCAUAUACUGAGGCCAACAAUUCGAGCCAUUAUACCCAGGAGUUGGGGAUCAUGGCUAUUAGAAUGCUUGAAGCUCCUCUUUCAGCUAGCCAUGGCCGGCUCGUAGUGAACCUCUUGAAGUUGUUUGAGGGCUUUGGCAUGUGGAGGGACACGGUGGACGCAGCUGUGCACCGACUUGGAGAAACCCAAGAGCAGAGUCAGUUCAUACUCGGAUUGUUCAACAGACUUUUCGAGAUGGCCAAGAGACAGAAGCUCCCCCUUGACCAAGUCACCGAGUUUUACGAGAUGCACGCAGGAGUGACAGAAGCAUCACGAACGCUCUGGAACAUCGAGAACUUGGUUAGCAAUACCAACAAAGAACACAGCACUGAAGCCAAGGUUGCUCGCCAGGCUUGGUGCGUUGCUGAACCGACAGAAGAACUUCUUCACGACCUCUCAAAGCCGGGCCCAACGAAUUACACAAUAAUCGCUGGACUACUCCGAAACCUUGAUCGUCUAGGUAUGGAUGAUCAAGUAUCCGAUCUCGCAAACCACAUUGCCCAGCAUGUUAGCGAGAUUCAGCCCAUCCAUUUGGCACCUCUCUGGCUACCAUUGCUUAAGACCCUCCAGGACGUGGUGGACCCCGACAAGCCGGCAUACCAAUGUCUAUUCCAGGCCAUCUUUGCGCAUUACGAGAGCGCAGUCUUUGAGGAUGUCUCAGUUCAGAUCGAGCGGGAGCCAAAGUCGAUACCCCCAAUGGCUGAAUGUUGCGGUCACUGUAAGAUCCUUAACUCUUUCUUCAAGCAACCAUCUUGGAAAACAAUCCACUUGGUGAAGCCCAGAGCAAUUGUGGAUCAUAUUCAAGGACAGCUCAACAAGCAAGAUAAGCCCAUCAAAGCAGCCAUCUACGGUAAGAACGAGGCUAGUCUGACGAUGCAGCUUACCAAGUUUUCGCUGGUCAACGAAAGAAUUCGCACAAUUGAGAGAUUGAGGAGACAGGAGGCUACCAGAGCUGUUCAUCAAUUCGACCCAGAUGUUCUACUUUCGUUCCUUGGAGACAAGGGUGGGAUCAUGUGGAAGCUUGGAGAUGCGGAGUCUCAGGGGCCUCUCACAAGCACCUUCGCCAGACCCUUGGCUGCUUCUUCGGCUGUUACGACUGCUGCGCCAUCUAGGCCGAGCUCAACUGCUCCAAACACUUCUCUGGGGUCUUUGGAGACGCCUCGAAGGGGCUAUCAAGAAUCACCGACCAGAAACGACUUGCCACCGCACAACAGGGUGGUUCAUACUCAGAUAACGCCAAAGGUGGAGGAUGUGGAAAUGGCGAACAUUGUGAAGCCAGAGCCUUCGUCCACUACCGUUUCAGAAGCUAGGCGGUCAGGUCACAGGGACAUUAGGGAGAUGUUUGGCGCGAGCAUCAAAAAGGAGAAGUCUUCAACUGCUCCGAGCAGCAGCAACCAACAUGCUGUACCCGUCUCCAGCGGCACCUCAAAGAGAGAUCGACUCAAGAACUUGGGUAGGAUCGAGCUUGAGUCUACGCCCAAGUACGAUGAUGAAGCGACUGCCAGACUCCGGACGAAGCUAGACAAGAGACUGACGCCGAGAGAGACGCCCCGAAGCGACAGCGGCAGCAAGUUCGAUCCCAGCGUAUCAAGAACGCGGGACCCGUUGGCCCCGUUUGGAGGGAGCAGCUCGAGCAAAGAGCCCUUGUCGUCGUUCAGCAGACAAGCCGGCUUAAUGGAGACUUCGGAGCCAUUGUCCUCGCUCCAGAGCACGCCUGACGAACCUUCCAAAACACCGCGGCUGAACGCCAUGAUGGGUGGUCCUACGCCUAAGCCUACACCGCGUCUGAACGCGUUGUGGGGAGGAUAUUCCAGCAACAGUCGACUAGGCCUCGGGGUUAGACCUAGGAGCCCUUCGAGUAGCCCAUCACCGGCUACUGGCAGCGGCGACCAGCCGGACUAUAUGGCAGCAAUCCUAGACGCGGAGCGCUCCAAGAAGCGUCGUUACGGCUCAACAUGCGAGGUGCGGUCGGCCUCGGGUAACAUCAUCAGCUCGGGCACGGCGUCCUCUGCCGCGAGCAGGUCGCAGUUCAGCGGACUUGUCGACGCAAGUCAACAAGAGAAUUCCAGGCUCACUUCGCUUAUGAACGAGAAGAGCCCCCCACGUUCGCGCAGCGAGAUUGGAGGAGGAGCGAGGGCCACGUCAGGAGCUCUUACGGCGCGGUCUCAUAACGUGAGGCCGGGUCAUACUCGCAUCUCCGGCACGGUUCCUCGCAAGAGACAGAUGGAGGAUAACGACGACGAGGACGUUAUUGACCUCUGCGGCGACGAUGGUCAUUCUCUUGGAAGACGUCUCGGAGUAGGAGCCUCGGGAGGGAGCAAGAGGGUCAAGACCACUCCGGUCUUCAACCUUCUUGAUGAUGACCCUUUCGGCGAGGAUUGA